AUGGCCUCGUUUCUGUUCCAGCAACGUCUUCCCAUCUCUUUACUCCUCCUCCUUAUACCACUCCUAAUCUCGCCGGCUCAUUCUCUUAAAUGUACGUCACAGAACUUCACAGGCGGCAGCACCCACUACACGAACUGCACCGACUUGCCGUCGCUCAACGCGUAUCUCCAUUGGACCUACGAGUCCACCAACAAAACUCUCUCAAUAGCCUUCAUCGCCCCACCCCCUAAAUCCGACGGCUGGGUCGCAUGGGCCAUCAACCCAACGGCAGCAGGGAUGGCCGGUGCACAAGCUCUGUUAGCAUACAAAGCCGCUAACGGCUCUAUGGUCGUUAAAACCUACAAUAUUAGCUCCUAUAGUUCCGUUGUUGAGUCGAAGGUUUGGUUCGACGUUUUGGACAAGAAAGCUGAGUUCUCUGGCGGGGUUAUAAGGAUUUUUGCCAAGCUGGCAUUGCCGGAGAGUCUGACGACGGUGAACCAAGUUUGGCAGGUGGGGCCGUCGGGGAAGGCUGGGCCCGAAAAGCACGAGUUCAAGCCGGAGAAUUUGAAUGCUAAGGGCACGUUGCAGUUGGUUGAGGAUGCCGGGGAAAUUAGUCCGGCUCCUAGCCCGAGUCCCGGUGCGAGUGGGCCCAGCGGUAAUGGGACCCGUCAAAGUGGGAGAGAUAAUGCAGGUUGUGGAAGGACUUGGAAUAAGGGGUUCUUGAGUUUCUACGGGUUUUUGUUGCUUUGGGGGAUUUUAGUUUUGGGUUUUUGA